UCAAAACGUAAUCCAUAACCUCCAGUUGAAAAAGAUAAGAUUUUAUUUUAUUAGAGUUUCCUCUCUUGACCGUUUCUUGAACUCAUAGUUUCUGCAGGAAAUUGAUUCUCUGAUAUCUGCCAUGGAAAUUGUGACUACCACUGGAGGUGCUAUUCUCACUUCUGUGUUUACGGCGUUAUUUGAUCAGUUGGCUUCCCAGGACUUGCUUAAGUAUGCCCGCGAAGGAAAAGUCCUGAAUGAACUCAACAAAUGGAAGGACAUUUUGGAGGAAAUUUAUGUGGUGCUUGACGAUGCAGAGGAGCAGCAGAUGACGAACCAACUAGUGAAGCUAUGGGCAAACAAGCUCAGGGACUUGGCUUACGACGUGGAGGACAUUCUUGAUGAGUUUGACUUCGAGGCUCGAAGACGCAAGUUGGAAGCUGGUGCAAGUAAGGUACGAAAAUUCAUUCCUGCUUCUUGUGUUGGGUUGAAGUUCAAUGCUAAGAUGAUUUCCAAGAUAGCGAAAAUUACUACCCGAUUAGAAGAGAUCAGGUCACAGAAAAAUCGGCUGGAUCUGAGAGUUAUUGCUGGUGAUAGGAGCAGUAGAGUACGGGAAAGAAGACCAACAACCUCUGUGGUGAAUAAAGAAGAGGUCUUUGGGAGGGAGGAAGAUAAGAAGGCGAUACUUGAAUGUUUGAAUGAUGAAUCAAGUGAUGCAGGAGUCUCCGUUAUUUCCAUAAUUGGGAUGGGAGGUCUUGGCAAGACAACUCUAGCUCAGCUUGUCUUUAAUGAAGCCAAAAUGAACUUUGAUUUAGCGGCUUGGGUCUUAGUUGGUGAUGAUUUUGACGUUUUCAGAAUUACCCAAACAAUUUUCCAUUGGUUUGGUGGACAUUAUGAUGGCAAAGAUUUGAAUUUUCUUCAAGUAAAAUUGAAGGAAAUGCUGUUGGAGGAGAAAUUUUUGAUCGUCCUAGAUGACGUUUGGAAUGAGAAGUAUGGAGAUUGGAAUCUCUUCCGUGGUCCUUUCGAGUAUGGGGCAAAAGGAAGUAGAAUUAUUGUCACAACUCGUAAUGAACGUGUUUCGCAGAUGAUGAGUUUUGUUCAAUCUUAUCCUCUUAAGCAGUUGUCAUAUGAUGAUUGUCUGUCUAUCUUUGCCCAACAUGCUUUGGGAGCAAAAAAUUUUGAUGAGCGCUUGGAUCUGCAAGCAAUCGGUGAAAAAAUUGUCAAAAGAUGUAAAGGGUUGCCUUUGGCAGCUCAAGCGAUUGGAGGUGUUCUACGAGGUGAAGGAAAUCAUACUAUGUGGGAGAAAGUGUUGGGUAGUGAUAUUUGGGAAGACAAAACUGACAUUAUUCCGGCAUUGAGGUUGAGCUACCAUCACCUUCCUUCGCAUUUGAAAAGAUGCUUUGCGUACUGUGCUAUUUUUCCAAAAGAUUAUGAAUUCGACGAGAAUGAGCUGGUUGGACAAUGGAUGGCAGAGGGAUUUCUGCAACAACAGAAGGGUCGUGAAUGUUUCCAUGAUUUAUUGUUAAGAUCCUUUUUUCAACAGUCUGGUAGCAAUAAAUCACGGUACGUAAUGCAUGACUUAAUUAAUGACCUAGCUCAAUCUGUUAGCGGAGAGGAAUGUUUUAAUUUGGAUGAUAAGUCGAAGGGCACAAAGUCCUAUUCAAAAGUUCGCCAUUCUGCAUUCACUUGUUAUUCACGUGAUAUCUUCCAAAGGUUUGAAAUUUUCUACCAAAUGAAUAGUUUACGAACAUUCUUAGCACUACCAAAACCUCUAUGGCCGUAUAACUAUUUAGCUAAUGAUGUGGUGCAUGAUUUGGUACCUAUAUUGAAACGUUUAAGGGUGCUAUCACUAUCUGGUUAUCAGUUUGAAGAGCUGCCGGGUUCAGUUGGUGACUUGAAACAUUUACGAUAUCUUGACUUGUCUUACACUUCUAUCAAAAGAUUACCUGAAUCACUGGGUAAUCUUUGGAACUUACAGACAUUGAAGUUACAAGAGUGUCACAAACUCAGUGAGUUGCCUGCAGGCAUUGGAAAUUUGAUCAACUUGAUGCACAUUUAUCUUAGUGGUACAAGUUGUUUGCAAGAGAUGCCACGGGAGAUGGCCAAUUUGACAAAUCUAAAAACAUUGUCUAAGUUUAUUGUGGGAGAAGGCAAUGGACUUGGAAUAAGAGAUUUGAUGAAAUUUCCUAAUCUAGAAGGGCAGCUUCAAAUUGAGGGGCUACACAAUGUGGUAAACAUUCAAGAUGCAAAGCUCGCAGAUCUAAAGAAGAAGGAGGGUCUUGAUGAAUUGGCAAUGGGAUGGACUGAGAACUUGCAUGAUGUACGAAGUGAUGAGGAUCAACUACUGGUACUCAGCUUUCUACAACCUCAUCAAAAGCUGGGAAAGCUUUCAGUUAAAUUUUAUGGUGGCAAGAAAUUCCCAUCAUGGAUAGGAGAUCCCUCAUUCACAAACAUGGUAGAUGUAGAGCUCUGCAAUUGCCGAAAUAUAAUGGCACUACCACCAAUGGGGGGAUUACCCAAGCUUAGAAAGCUGAGAAUAGAAGGCAUGGGUGGAUUGAAAGAAGUGGGUGUUGAGUUUUAUGGGGACAAUUCUUCUUCUUUACAGCCUUUUUCAUCUCUGGAGACUCUUGAAAUUGAGAAUAUGUUGGAGUUGAAGCACUGGGCUUGUUCUAAUGGUCGUAAUGAAGAGGCUGCUGGAAAUUUUCCAAAACUUAAUGAACUGACAAUAAUUAAUUGUCCUAAGUUACAUGGAAAACUGCCUAGCUGUCUUCCUUCACUCAAGAAACUGAAUGUUGAAGAAUGCCGAGAGAUGAUUCUCAGAAGCGUGUCUGAUCUAACAUCCCUCACAACCUUAGAAAUUAAGAGAAUUUCUGGCCUUGCAAGUUUAGAUGAAAUGGUUACACAGGCCUUGGUGGCACUUGAAGAUCUGGUGAUUGAUGAUUGCGGUGAACUGAUGUACUUAUGGCAUGGUUUGACUAAUUUGGACAAGCUCUCUUGUCUGAGCAAUUUGCGGAUCAGAGACUGUAGAAAGCUCGUGUCAUUGGUAACAAGAGAGGAAGGGCUUUUGCCUUAUAAUCUUGAAGUUUUGAGCUUAAGCAAUUGUGUUGAAUUAGAGAAUCUGCCAUAUAGGCUGCACAGCCUCACAUCUCUCAGAAAUUUGAGCAUCAUUUUUUGUCCAAAACUUGUGUCAUUUCCAGCUGCAGGUUUACCCUGUAGUCUUAAAAGUCUCCAUAUUCAAUUUUGUGAUUCUGUGGAGUCCGUGCCGGAGAGGAUUAUGCAAGUCAGUAAUACUGGCAAUGAGAUAACUUAUUUCGAGAAUUUGAGUUUCAGGAGAUGUCCGUCUCUUACAUCCCUUCCAGUUGGUGAAUUUCCUCAUUCAGUUAAGAGUAUUGAAUUUUGCUAUUGGACAACACAAUUAUUGGAGUCGCUUGAUGAUGGGUUCUCUCACCUCACUACAUUAGUAAUAUUCGGCUCUCCCAAGUUAGAGUCUUUCCCAGAAAGUGGAUUGGCCAUCCCCAAUCUUCGCUCUUUUUCCAUUGCAUAUUGUGAGAAUUUGAAGUCACUACCUAAUCAGAUGCAAAAUCUGAAAUCUCUUGUAUCUCUAGAGAUGGUGAAUUGUGGAGGAUUGGUGUCGUUUCCAAAAGAGGGUUUGCCCCCAAACCUAAUCAAUCUUGUAAUUUGUGAAUGCAAGAAUCUGACACAGCCAGUGUCAGAGUGGAGACUUGAAAGACUCUCCUCACUUAUAGAUUUAACAAUCAUAGGUACAAGUCCUAGUACAGAUAUGGUUUCCUUUCCAGAUGAAGAGGGAAAACUGCUUCCCUCUUCCCUCACCAGUCUUUCAGUCCAACGUCUUGAGAAUCUGAAAUCCAUAUCCAGGGGUCUUCACAACCUCACCUCACUUGAAAGAUUAUGGAUAUGGGAUUGCCCUAAACUCCGAUCCUUGCCAAAAGAGGGCCUUCUUGCCACACUUGGAUUAUUGUGUAUCACAGGGUGCCCUCUUCUGCAGAAACGUUGCACAAAAAAGAAAGGAAAGUAUUGGCCCUUUAUUGCUAAUAUUCCCUAUCUUGACGUCUCUUAAAUAAAAAUCCAGAUAGGAUUCUGCCUCAAGAAACAAAGACGGUAUGAUGAAGGACGAAGGCACUCCACAAAUGAGGUCAUAUUUGGGAGGCCUGAAGAACUAAUGAACUAUGCAUGUCACCUUUUGGUUUCAGCAAAAAGGGAAUUUGGAUUGAGCUUAGAGUUGAUGUAAACAGUUAAGAACCAAUCCAUCUAGAGUUCAACCGUUAUUGAUUUGCUUAUGUUUAGAGGAUUCAAGUAUUCUCUCAACAAAUAGAAUUAUGAAAUGGUUCCAUCACUUCCUUUAACAGGGGAACCUGCCUGAAUCAUCCUGGUCUGGGUAUCAGAGCUUAAAAGAAUGGAAAGGAUUUCAGGAUAGUCUGAGCUUGAAAAAUGCAGAAAAUGAGGCCAGCUCCCAGCUGCUGGGACACCUCUCAUGAGAACUUAAAGAACUUAGAUUUUGCCCAAUUAUUUUUCAAUUCAUGGGGCCACUGACAAAUGAGGUUUACAUCCAGUCUGACAGAAUUACUCUACUUUUUGCAAAAUGUCCAUGUUCAUAAUAGUUGAACUGUUGAGAAGAUUUACUAAUUAUGCUCGACUGUACAUAAGCUUAAUAUGCCUAAUUUACUAUAUAUGUGAUAUCUGAACUUCCUCAACUUAUUGUGAGUGUAUGGUUCAAAGAGAAACUAUCAUGCAUCCAUUACACGGGAAAAUGAAAGUUUUCCCCCCUUACAAUC